UGAAAACUUAAUAGAGACAGCCGAACAGGAGUAAGGGCAAGGAUUUUUGUCCAGUUUGUACUUAUUCCUUUAUUAUUUCAUUCCUAUUGGUUCUGUGGGACCAAGUCUCAGUAUGUAGUUCAGGCUGGCCUUGAUCUGGCGUCCUUCUGCCUCUCCAGGGCUGGCAUCACAAGCGUGCCCCGGGCUUGCUUUUCGAAGCAAACAUUUCCUUGACACAGGGCUAUGACUCAUCCCAACCCCCUGGAGGAAGAGAGGCCCGGAUUGUUGGUUGUUUCCUCUCCGAAGCCCCAGUGAUAAAAUCCAAGCAGGCAGCGGGCGGGACUGCUAUAGCCGUCCGAUCAGGCCCUUCCCCGCCCGGCAGGAAGCGCGUCGCUGUCUCCAGCUGUGCCCAGAGCCAUCCCUGACGGACAGCUGGUGGCCGGCGACACCUGUGACCGCCCCCGGAGGAGAGUGGAGCCGGCAGCUCGGCCUGCAGGGCGUCAGGAACCCAGGUGGAAGAAACCGAGAGCCAGUUAAGCACUCAAAUAAGAAGGAAAACAUCUGUUGGCGUGGGAAAGUGAUUAUUUCCCCAGCUACUGAGUACAGCACAACUGGCCUGGCUGUUUUCUUGUUAGAUUUUGUUCUUUCAGGAGACCUUACAGAAACCUCAACCAUCUGGAUCUCAGAAACUCACUUGGGGCUGACUGUGGCUUUUGAACAUCCAGGUGUUCUGCAGAUGUGAGAAUUUAUCCUGUGAUCACCAGCUGGAGUCCUAAGCAGAUGCAAGACUUGUGUUGUGGCCCUAGCCUCCUCGAGUGCAGAGGGUCACUUAUGUGCUAAGUGGCCCAAGAGUGGGGAUUGACAUUGAUAGCCGAAUGCUGCACCCAGCCAGUCAUCUUAUUAAGCUGUGACGAGAAGACAUCUUCAGGGGACCAAUCCAAUUUAGGGUGACACAUUUCCUGACUCUCUUGGAUUAGGAUUCCAGAUGGGGACCUUUUCUCUGUAAUUCUACCAUUCCUGUAGCCAUUAUUAACACCAGGGUUGUUUUUUUUUUUUUUUUUUUUUUUUUUUUUUUUUUUAAAUUUUAUGGCCAACUAGAACCAUGCUCCUUGUUGGCUUUCUGCACUCAAGGUGAACAAAGAGAAAACUCUUAGAGAAAUCUGUGGUGGUGGCCCGUUAUCACUCAAUCAAGACAACAGGAGUCUCUGUGUGCCACCAUGGGCUGGCUUUUUCUAAAGGUUUUGCUGGUUGGCAUGACUUUCUCUGGAUUUCUCUACCCUCUCGUGGAUUUCUCCAUCAGUGGGAGAACAAGAGCCCCCCAACCAAACAUUGUGAUCAUUUUGGCUGAUGAUAUGGGAUGGGGUGACCUGGGAGCAAACUGGGCAGAAACAAAGGUCACCCCUAAUCUUGACAAGAUGGCUUCUGAAGGAAUGAGGUUCGUAGACUUCCACGCAGCGGCUUCCACCUGCUCUCCUUCGCGAGCCUCCCUGCUGACUGGCCGGCUGGGUCUACGUAACGGAGUCACGCACAACUUUGCCGUCACGUCUGUAGGGGGGCUGCCUCUCAACGAGACCACCUUGGCCGAGGUGCUGCAGCGGGCUGGUUAUGCCACUGCCAUGAUAGGCAAAUGGCAUCUUGGGCACCAUGGCCCUUAUCACCCCAAUUUUCGUGGUUUUGAUUACUACUUUGGAAUCCCAUACAGCCAUGACAUGGGCUGUACUGACACCCCCGGCUACAACCACCCUCCUUGUCCAGCAUGUCCCCAGAGCGAUGGCCUAUGGAGGAGCCCCGAGAGGGACUGUUACACAGAUGUGGCCCUUCCUCUCUAUGAAAACCUCAACAUCGUGGAGCAGCCGGUGAACCUGAGUGGCCUUGCGCGAAUGUAUGCAGAAAAGGCGGCAGAGUUCAUUGAGCAGGCAAGCACCAGUGGAAGACCCUUCCUGCUCUAUGUGGGCCUGGCACACAUGCAUGUGCCUUUGUCUGCGACGCCACCGUUGGAAAACCCACGGAGCCAGCGGCUGUACCACGCAAGUCUCCACGAGAUGGACAGUCUGGUAGGGCGGAUCAAGGACAAGGUGGACCACGUGGCAAAAGAAAACACGCUCCUCUGGUUUACAGGUGACAACGGCCCAUGGGCUCAGAAGUGUGAGCUGGCAGGCAGCACGGGUCCCUUCUUUGGACUUUGGCAAACCCGCCAAGGCGGAAGUGCAGCCAAGCAGACCACCUGGGAAGGGGGCCAUCGUGUCCCAGCACUGGCUUACUGGCCUGGCAGAGUCCCAGCCAAUGUCACGAGCACUGCCUUGUUAAGCGUGCUGGAUGUCUUCCCCACGGCGAUAGCCCUGGCAGGAGCCAGCUUGCCGCCAAACCGGAACUUCGACGGCCUUGAUGCCUCUGAGGUGCUCUUUGGCAGGUCACAGGCGGGGCACAGGGUCCUAUUCCAUCCCAACAGUGGGGCCGCUGGAGAGUAUGGAGCCCUGCAGACUGUUCGCCUGGACCAUCACAAGGCCUUCUACAUUACUGGCGGAGCCAAAGCGUGUGACGGGAGCACGGGUCCUGAGCAGCACCACGCGUCCCCUCUCAUUUUCAACCUAGAAGAUGAUGUCGCAGAAGCUGUGCCUCUACAGAGAGGGAGCCCCGAGUACCAGGCGGUGCUGCCCAAGGUCACCAGGGUUCUUGCCGAUGUCCUUCUUGACAUUGCUCAUGACAACAGCUCCCAGGCAGACUACACUCAGGAUCCCUCAGUGACCCCCUGCUGUGACCCCUACCAAAUUGCCUGCCGCUGCCAAACCAUGUGACAGGUCGUUCUUUUUCCCCGUGAGAAAGGUGAUCUGGAAAUUGCAGACAGGUUAGGUUCACUUCCAAACUUCAUUUUGGACGUGGAUGUCUACUUUGGGAAGGAAGUUGCAGAAUCUGGUUUGGAAGCUGUAACUUCCUCUCUCCCUGUGUAGACUGCCCCCUCCGCAGGCAGGUUCGAGAAGCGUCAAGCGCUGAUACAGUGGGCAUGGCAUGAUUGCGCACCAGUGGGCUAUGGAGUCACAGCACAGGUCCAACCAAGUCCUAGGGUUUAAGCUUGGGCAAUGACUUAACUGUAAGUUGAUUUUGAAGGUUAACAUGACAUAUGAAGUCACCUGUGCAUCCUCAGCACCAAGCAGAUCCCAAAGCAGGUCCUUAAUGUUUUAGUUUCUGUCUUGUGUCCCCAGUUUCACUGGUCACUGUGAAACAUACCAUUCACAAACUCAUUCUGGCUGGUAUGUAGAGCUUGGCCAUCUUCAAUACACAUACAGAUCACCAGGGAAUCUUGCAAAAUGCAGAAUCUGGCUCAGGAGAUGUAGAGGAGGGUCUGGGAGACUACACCAUUGCUGGGUUCCUUUGAGAUGCCUUGAGCAGCGCAGAGCUAAACCGAAGUUAGGUCUCCCCAGGCCUUGGAGCAGAAGAACUCAUGGUCCUUCUCUCUCGUAAAUGUUACAUGGCUAUACUAGAAAGAUUCAGGGGUUUGGGGCUGAAGAAAUGGCCCAUCAGUUAAGAACACUGGACCUGGGGUCAGUUUCCAACACCUACAUGGUGGCUUAAACUGUGUAUAACACUAGUUCUAGGGGACCCACCACUGUCCUCUGG